AUGGACGAAGCAAGUGGAGAAGCAGAAACUCAAGAUUUCAUGAACGUUGAAUCCUUCUCUCAGCUUCCAUUCUUCCGUCGUCCUCCCUCCAAAGAUAAGAACCCUAAGCCCAUUCGUCUCUUCGGAAAAGAUUUCACCGGCGGAAAUUACUCUGCCACCACCGGUCAAGAAGACUACUCCGAUUCCUCCGAGACCAAAAACAAAGAAGAAGAAGAAGAAUACGAAGAAGACGAAACCGGAGAUAACGGUAAGGACAAAAGCAUCAAUAACAACAAUAGGAGAUUCGAGUGUCACUAUUGCUUUAGAAACUUCCCUACUUCACAAGCCCUAGGUGGACACCAAAACGCUCACAAACGUGAACGCCAACUCGCCAAACGCGGUGCUUCCUCUUACUUUCAUCAUCCUGGCGCUAACCUUUAUGGCUACCGUCAUUACCCUUCGUGGAACAGUGGUUCUUUACCGGCCGCUAGGUUAUAUGGAGGACACACUUCAGGUCCAUCCUCCUCGUAUUACACACGACAGGUCAAUGGGAGUACAUUAGGACAUUGGUGUGAACCGCCUUCGUCUUCCAGCGUUCAAGGCGUUUAUAACUCAAACGCAGCGUUCACUAGUCAUGACUCUUCUAAUAACUCGACUUUACCGUUCAUGGCCGGUUCUCAGCCGCAUCCACCGGUACAGGUGGGUGGAACCGCAGUUCAAAACCGCAUGUCGUCAUACCGGUACGGUUUGGGUCCCAAUGUGCAAGAUCACGUGAGUCUCGAUCUUCAUCUUUGACGUUACAGAACAAAAAAAAUCUAUGGUAUCCAUUUUUACACUUCUUUUCUGUAAGAUUUGAGUUUGUUAUAUGUAACUUAAUUAGGGAAAGAACAAAUGACACGGUGUUUAGGUUUCUGAAUGAGAAACGGCAGGAUAUGUAGAUUUCACGUUCCGUAAUUUAUUUCGUUAAGAGUUUGAUGUUUUGAUAUUCAUCGAUAUAUGAUUUUU